AUUGAUACCCUUGUCAUUUGUUUUCAAUCAAUUUGAUGAAAGAGAGAAGAAAGUGACGUAUCCCUUUAUUCUCUUCAUUAUCUUUUGACAAAUUAUGGUUUUGUGCAUGAGAUAGUCCUGCCUGCUGGUGACUAUUCCUUUGCUAAGAAUAACAAGGUAUGUACAAAGUAACCUUGAUCAACUGUGCUCGGAAGGUGGCCUCUCUUCUUAAUCUGAGAGUAGCAUUGAAUGUGAAGGCAACAGCACUGUCCGUUACGUCGUAAAGCUGUAUACUUCUUUCAUCUUAUUGCUAGAUGCUUUUAUAUUUCAAUACAUGAUUAUACAUCAGGAUACAGGUUGGUAUUUUGAUAUUAACUUUACCAGGAAAAAAAAAACAAUUGAGGUUGUUAUACUUGAUUGAUAUCUAUACUGCAUAAGGUAAACUAUACUGACCUCUGAUGGGGUUAAGUGAAGUACGUACGCUACGUACCUCCUUGCAUUGCGAGAACUUACCUUGACCUUCCUUAUCUACUAGGUGCUAGAAGUUCUCAGCUAAACUGAUCUAAUGGUAGGUGCCAAGGUGGUUUGGCAUUGGAGGGUCCUCAAGAGUCAAGACUCAAGAGGUUUAGUCUACCUGGCACGCUUCCACCUCAACUGGUGAAACUACAUUACCUUAGAGAAAUUGAUUUGGUUUACAAUUAUCUUAGUGGUACAAUACCAGCAGAAUGGGGUUCAAUGCAGUUAACUUCAAUGUGAGCUCUCUCAAUGUUUUUGAUCAUACAUUACCAAUUAAUUAGAAGGCCUGUGCAGCUCUCUUGUUGUAAAUCGCUUAUCAGGGGAGAUUCCAGUGGAGCUGGCAAAUAUUACCACUCUCAGAUACCUAUAUGGUGAAGAGAAAUACAUGGGAGUGGGCUUCGUGGACCUAUCCCGUGUAUCAUAUCUCUCCUGAGUAAUUUAGAACAGUUGAGGAUUAGUGAUAUAAAUGGAACAGAGCAGGAUUUUCCUAUGUUGAAAAACAUGACUGGCCUAGUCAAAUUGAUACUGAGAAACUGUAACAUUUCUGGAGAGAUCCCUCCUUACCUAUGGACACUGCAGAAACUGGAAAUGCUGGAUCUGAGUUUUAACAAGUUGAUAGGAGAAAUUCCAACAACAAUCAGCUUAAAGCGUUUGAGAUUCCUAUUCUUAACUGGCAACUCUCUGAGAGGAAGUGUACCAGACUCAAUCUUCAUAGAUGGAAGCAAUGUGUUGAGGACUAGCAAAAGAAAAAUCAAAAGGCCAAUAAAGUACAUUAACUACCGGGAUUAUACACGUGGAGAUAUGUAGGAUGCUAUUGAUAGCGUAUCAAAGGCUUCUCAAAGUAAGAUAUCAAAGGCAUUUUUGCAGCAGCCCCCUAUUCAGGAACUAAUUGGAAGGGAUCUUCAUGAUAUAUAAUGAAUGGAAAUUCAGACAUAUUUCGUGGAGGCUUGCAACAACACUAGAGUAAUUGGUACAUGAAGUAGAUCGAGGAAGAUCCCUGCAAAGUUCAUCUUGAAGUAGCUAGAGGAAAAUAACUAACUUGUAAAGCUUAAUUAUCGAUCUUGUAAAUUUUGGUAGAAGCUUCAUUCAUUUUGUAACAUUUAUGAGGAAAAUUAAAGUGUAACAUUUCCUUUUAUAUAAGCUUCAUUCCUUUUUG